UUAUAAUCCAACCCAAAUCUCAAUCAUUCUCUCUCUAAAUUGUUGAAUUGAAACGCCUCAACCUCAUUACUGGACGGUAAUUGGACCAUUCACCGCCGGAAACUUUCUGUGGAUUGGAUAUGUCCAUCGUUGUUCACACACAUUCAGAAGUAGAAGAAUCUGGUCAGUUUCUUCCAAUGAUUGCACCUAGAAACAUAGGGCUACCACUGAUGAAUCUUGUAAGACUAAAAGGAGUACCCAUUUUACAGCAAUUACAUCUUGAGGAGAGGCUGCUUCGAACCUCAUCAGAUAACUGGUGCAUCAUCAAUGAUGGAACAGAUGACCCAAAUAUUGUCAUGGGUAUAUCAGGGAAACCUGUGGAACUUCUUGAAAUUGACUCUGUUUUACGAGAUGAAAUUCCGGUUAUCCGAAGGUUUACUGGUGGAGGAACUGUUAUUGUUGAUCAGGGGACAAUAUUUGUCACAUUUAUAUGCAAUAAGGAUGCAGUUCCAGGUUUACAAUCAUAUCCUCGACCCAUCAUGUCAUGGAGCAGCCUAGUGUAUCAAAAAGUAUUUCAAGGAAUUGGGGAUUUUAGCCUUCGCGAGAAUGAUUAUGUGCUUGGCAACCACAAGUUUGGUGGGAAUGCUCAAUCCAUUAUUAAAAAUAGGUGGGUCCACCAUACAUCCUUUCUAUGGGAUUAUGAGAUCAGUAACAUGGAUUAUCUCAAACUUCCAAAACGCUCUCCCGACUAUCGACAGGCAAGGGGCCACUUGGAAUUCAUAUGCCGCAUGAAGGAUUAUAUACCAAGGUUAUAUUUUAUCGACAGGACAAUUGAUGCAGUUGGCAGCCAUUUUGUAGUGAGAUCAAUGGAGUUAAAAGCGAUUAAGCAUCCCUCAGGUACAGAAUUCCAACCCUCCAGUAGAUUUCUUAGCAAGCAAGAAUUGGAGGAGGCCGAGUUUGAUUCUCUGACGGGUAUUGCACUUUCCCAUUCAUUACCAUUGUGAACUGGUAAUUUAUGGAAAACAUAGUGUCUUUCGAUCUCAAAUUUUAUUUACAAGCCAGUUUGUACCAUUUGUUGUUCAGUUUUGCGAUUGCAUUUCAAGAAGAUAAAUUUGCUGUAAUUCUGCAAACAUCUGAAGAUGUAUCAUAUAAUUAAAUAUCUAAUCAUUUAUUUUCUUUUGAAAAUUCAGGUUCCAAAUGGAAGCUGAAUGCACAGUAUUUCUUUUUACUGUUAUUGAAUUUUAUUAAAUCCAGUGUAAUAUGAAAGGUCAAUUGAGGUA